AACCUAGCCUGGACGACGACGGGACCAGACCAGAGACCACCAGACGUGGUGAUUUUUCACAGUCGCCUUUAUGUCGUAGACGCGUGUGAUACUCCGCGAAGUGUAGCGCGGCGCCGGAACAGCUGUGUCCACACCACGUCGAUCAUCUUCGGCUACCCCGCUGGCCGUCGGCGUAGAUCCCGCGAAGUUUCCCCCGAGAGAGAGAGAAAGAGCGGCGUGGGCGCGAGAUCAGGUAGCGAUGACGGACGCGUCGAAUUUACCGGGCGCCUCCACGGGCGGGCAGAGGGCGAUGUCGAGGAUGCUGCGGCAGCGGGCCCAGGAGUUCCUCGCCUCGCGGAAGUACGCGAACAAUCUGGUGGAGAUAAUCGGCCACUGGGACGAGUCCACCUGUUCGUGCCUGCUGACGAUAGAGACGAUAUUCGCGGAGGUGCUGAGGCGCGGCGAUAUGUACAUGGAACGUACGAUAACCCUUACCAUCUCGGAAGCCAGCCCGGAGUCUCGCUACACCACCUGGCUAAGGAAUUGCUACGAGGAAGUCUGGAAGAAAAUACUAGCAUCUAUGGAUAAGAAUCGAUCGGCUAUUCAUCUGCAAGCCCUUGCCACUGCGAUGAAGCUGAUGGCGGAAGAGGGUAAAGCGCUGCUGGAGCCGCGCGAUAAUCCGGGCUAUCACUUUCCCCUGCAUCGUUUAAAGCUUAUCCUUAUGACCCUACUCUCUCCUGAAAAGGACAAUACUAAUUUAAUAUCGAGAUUCCAAGAGAUCACCGGCUAUUCUGACGUUUUAUAUUAUACAUGGAGAUGUCUACCCUCUCUUACCCCGAAGAGGCAGCCGAAGGAAGUUUAUAUGAAGAAUCUUUUAGAACUUAUAGAUAAAGUACCACUGCCAAACGAAGAGGAAGCAUCUGAAAUGUCGGACAAUAACGAACUUUUAUGUGGACCGCAACAAGAUGCUGCAUUUACGUGGGAUCAAUCAAACGUUAAACGCGCGUUAAACAAAGUCUGGGCUUGCGUUAUGCACUGGGAAUUGACGCCGCAACUGCACAAACAGUUGCUAAUAGUUUUGCUGGAACGAGUCAUAUCGCAUUUAGAAAAACCGGUGUUGUUAACCGACUUUUUGAUGGACUCCCUAGACGCGGACGGUCCAGUCGGUGUGCUCGCGCUGCAGGGCGUAUUCAUACUUGUCACCAAACACAAUUUAGAAUACCCAAAUAUUUUCACCAAGUUGUAUUCGAUGUUCGAGCCUGAGAUCUUCCAUACGAAGUACAAGGCUCGUCUGUUCUAUCUGUCCGAUCUGUUUCUCAGUUCGACACAUCUACCGGAAGCGUUAGUAGCGGCGUUCGCGAAGCGACUCGCGCGUCUAACAUUGGUCGCGCCACCGGAGGACAUCCUGAUAAUCCUUUUCUUCGUGGGCAAUCUGCUGCUUCGACAUCCCGGGCUGAAGAGGCUGAUAGAUCACCCGCAGGGCGGCGAGGUCCCCUCGAACGCGAGCCUCGGAGCGGGCGAUCCGUUCCUCAUGGAGGAGCGCGACCCGUUGCUGAGCAACGCAAUGCUCAGCAGUCUCUGGGAGAUCCGGGCGUUGCAGUGGCAUAUCCUACCCAGUAUCGCCACCGCUGCGCGUUUCAUUCGCGAGCCACUGCCCACGAAGGAGUACGACAUGGCGUCGGCGUUGGAACGCACCGGUGACCAUCUCUUCGAGAACGAGCUGAAGAACAAAGUCAAGGACAUCAUGCUGACGUUCGAGAGACCGACCUCCAUGGCGCUGCCGAAGGGCGAGAAGCUACUGCAAUAUUGGCAGCUCACGCGUUGAUCCUGUACGCGGCGUGAUCACGACGCCGAGAGUGCAAUAUAUCGUGAGAAAAGAGCGGCCAUAUACAUAUAUUGUCGUCGGUGUCGUCGACGAGAUAUGAGCCGAGGAUGAUGACGUUCGUGUUUCGGGUAAAGAAUAAAGACUUUUUGUGUUUUAUAUGGCAUAUCUACGACGUGAAAAAAACAAAACAAUGCGGCAUAUUUUUCUGUGGCGUUGAGCACCCACGUUCGAAAUAUUUAAAUUGCGUUUGUGCAUAAUUCAUCGAUCGCGCGAUACGAGCAAGGAAAAAAAAAUGCACACAUGCUUUUUGUUGUUUGUCUAUCUCAGUUAUAUGUAAAUUGAUAGCUUAUGUAUGUUACGCAUAAAUUACGUGUAAAUGCGCAACUGACUGGCA